AUGUUCUGGAACUCAAGCACACCUGCCAAAGUACCUACCGACACCGUCCUACCCCUCCCCUUCUUCGACGACACCCCGCUCUGGCGAUCUUUCAUCCUGUACUCCAUGUUUGCCUUCGACGCCGUGCUCGAACCGGGGAAGCUCCAGCGCAGCCUCGAGUUCCUGAUCCAGCGCCCAGGGUGGAGGAAACUGGGCGCCCGCCUGCGGUCUUCUAAAGAUGGACGAGGACUGGAGUACCACAUCCCAGCCGACGCGCCGCCGACCACCCUCGUCGCAAGCCGCAUCCCAAGAGCCCCGACCACCCGGCCCAGUGUGGUGGGAGACCCGGGCGAGCUCGAGUCUCUGUUCCGCCCAGAGAACGGCCCGUUGCGUCUGGACGACUACCUGACCCGGGACAUCCCGCAGCUGGGCCUGCACGUCACGUCCUUUCUCGACAGGACCGUCGUCACUCUGCACUGCCCGCACACCCUUGUGGACGCCCUGGGCUUGCGUGCCAUCCUCGACGCAUGGUGUCUUGUUCUCCGCCACAGCCAAGAUGGCAAGAAAGGGGGUAUGCCGACAGCAGCAGAUAUUAUUAUUCCAUGCCCUCUCGGGACGAAUAGCGAUGGUGAUGAUGAUGAUGAUGAUGAUGAUGAUGAUGAUGAUGGUGCCACUGCCACCAUCACCGAUCCCCUCGCCCAACUAGGCACCCGCCCAACCGAGCCCCACGCCCUGGCCAGCCGCCGUCUCGGACUACUAGGCCGCGCAGGCUACGGACUCAACAACAUCCUCACCCAUUGUGGAGCCCUAGAGAACCGUAUGCUGCCCGCGCCGACCUCAGCAUCGCAGCAGCAGCAGCAGCAGCAGCAGCGGCGGCCUCAAGACAGGCCCUACGUCUCCAACGCCGUAGGCUUCAUCCCCGUCCUCCUGACCGUCCGCGACCUGUUCGAGAAGCCGCUGGGCCAGGUGGCCGCCGCCAUCCGCAACGCCGUCCGGACCCUGGGCACGCGCGCGCAGGUCGAGGCGUUUAUGAGCAAUGUGGCGCGCCGGGUCGGCGGUGGUCGGCAAGCUGCCACCCCCCUUUUCGGGCACUGGCGUAUGCAUAUGGUUAUGUACUCGAACUGGGCCAAAGGCGAGGUUCUUUGA